CCUCCCAGUUAAUCAGGAUCAGCAGCCAUGAAUGAGGCACAGCAAGAGAGUCUGGAGAGCUCCUUCACCGGCCCAGACAUCAAACUGUAACUGGACUGUAAAUGCAGGAGGGUACCCGCAAGAAAGCAGCUGAGGGUUCUGGAAAAGACAAGUAGAGGCCAAAGCAGGAGCCCAAAGCAGGACCGGGACGUGAGAGAAGUCACCUUGAACCUCCUCUGGUCUUGGUCCUGUUCCUUCUAGUCAGUCCUGUCAUCUCUGGGCCACCUGUUACCUGUUGAGGAUCACAGCGGUGGAAAAUAUCACAAGUCCAUCAAAAACAAGAGGGGAUCUUCAGAAGUGUGCGAUGAGAUACUCAGCCCCAGAGCUCAUGGAUGACCCACAGACAACGCUCUUUAACAUGCUUGGUCAACGAUGAAUGUUUCAAGCCUCGCUGCGCCUGCACCUCUGAAUCCCUGCCAUAGCCCUCACAUGGUGACUGAUGUCCUGGAGUCGACCUGAGGCUGAACCAUGGUCAUCUUGCAGCAGGGGGACUAUGUGUGGCUAGAUCUGAAAACAGGCCGAGAGUUUGACGUGCCUGUGGGAGCCGUGGUCAAACUGUGCGACUCUGGACAGAUCCUGGUUCUGGACGAUGAAGGUCGGGAACACUGGAUCUCCCCUCAGAAUGCCACCAACAUCAAGCCCAUGCACCCGACCUCCAUCCAUGGGGUGGAGGACAUGAUCCGCCUCGGAGACCUCAAUGAAGCCGGCAUCCUCCGUAACCUGCUCAUCCGCUACAAGGAGCACGUCAUCUAUACAGUUUGUGGUGGAUGGACGUAUACGGGUUCGAUCUUGGUUGCAGUUAAUCCAUACCAACUGCUCCCCAUCUACACUCCAGACCAGAUCCGACUGUAUACCAACAAAAAGAUCGGGGAGAUGCCGCCGCACAUAUUCGCUAUAGCAGACAACUGCUACUUCAACAUGCAGCGAAACAACAAGGAUCAGUGUUGCAUCAUCAGUGGUGAGUCUGGAGCUGGGAAAACAGAAAGCACAAAGCUGAUCCUGCAGUUCCUCGCUGCCAUCAGUGGACAACACUCGUGGAUAGAGCAGCAGGUCCUGGAGGCCACGCCCAUCCUCGAAGCCUUUGGCAAUGCCAAGACCAUCCGUAACGACAACUCCAGUCGCUUUGGGAAGUACAUCGACAUCCACUUCAACAAGAGAGGGGCUAUAGAAGGAGCCAAAAUCGAGCAGUACCUUUUGGAGAAGUCUCGAGUAUGUCGACAGGCUCCAGAUGAGAGGAACUACCAUGUGUUUUACUGCAUGCUGAAGGGGAUGGUUCCAGAGCAGAAGGCCAAACUGGGUCUGGGCCUGGCUACAGACUACUGCUACCUCACCAUGGGUAACUGUACAGAGUGUGACGGUCGUGAUGACCUGCGUGAUUACUCCAGCAUCCUGGCCGCCAUGAAGGUGCUCAUGUUCACUGAGACUGAGAGCUGGGAGAUUUCCAAACUGCUGGCGGCCAUCCUGCACAUGGGAAACCUGCGAUUUGAAGCUCGUACCUAUGACAACCUGGACGCCUGUGUGGUGGUCAGAUCUCCAGACCUGGUAACUGCUGCAUCACUCAUGGAGGUGGAGCCUAAAGACGUGAUGGUGUGUUUGACCACCCGCACCCUGAUCACUCGUGGUGAAAGUGUCUCCACGCCUCUUAGUGUGGCUCAGGGCCGCGAUGUCAGGGAUGCCUUUGUCAAGGGAAUCUAUGGCAGGUUGUUUGUGUGGAUUGUGGAUAAAAUCAACGCUGCCAUAUUCAGACCUCCCUCCAGUGAGAGUAACAUCGUCCGCAGAUCCAUCGGCUUGUUGGACAUCUUUGGCUUUGAGAACUUUAUCAUCAACAGCUUUGAACAGCUCUGCAUCAACUUUGCCAAUGAGAACCUGCAGCAGUUCUUUGUCCGCCACGUCUUCAAGUUGGAGCAGGAGGAAUACAACCUGGAGGACAUCAACUGGCAGCACAUCGAGUUCACAGACAACCAGGACGCACUGGACAUGAUCGCAAACAAGCCAAUGAACAUCAUCUCACUCAUCGAUGAGGAGAGCAAGUUCCCCAAGGGUACUGAUGCUACCAUGCUGUAUAAGCUGAACUCACAGCACAAGCUCAACUCCUACUACAUCCCUCCAAAGAACAGUUAUGAGACCCAGUUUGGAAUCCAACACUUUGCUGGUGUGGUGCAUUAUGAGACUAGAGGGUUCCUGGAGAAGAACCGGGACAGCCUCCACAAUGACAUCAUCCAGCUCGUCCACUCAUCCAAGAACAAGUUCAUCAAGCAGAUCUUCCAGGCUGAUGUAGCUAUGUUUCUGUGUGGCUAUCAGCAGCCCAGCACCCCUGCUCCCAAGGGUGUUGAGACCAGGAAACGCUCCCCCACUCUGAGCAGUCAGUUCAAACGUUCCCUGGAGAUGCUGAUGAGGACUCUGAGUGUGUGCCAGCCAUUCUUUAUUCGCUGUAUAAAACCCAAUGAGCUCAAGAAGCCCAUGUUAUUUGACAGAGAGCUGUGUAUUCGUCAGCUGCGUUACUCCGGCAUGAUGGAGACCAUCCGGAUUCGACGGGCAGGUUAUCCCAUCAGAUACACUUUUGCUGAGUUUGUGGAACGCUACAGAGUCCUGAUGCCUGGAGUCAAGCCCGCACACUUACAGGAGGACCUACGAGGGACGUGUCAGCAGAUCGUUCAGGCCAGACUGGGGAAACACAACGACUGGCAGAUCGGAAAGACCAAGAUUUUCCUAAAGGACCAUCAUGACAUGCAGCUGGAGAUUGAGAGGGACAAAGCCAUCACAGACAAGGUCAUCCUCAUCCAGAAGUCUGUGCGUGGGCUCAGAGAGAGGAAUAACUUCCUCAGAAUCAGGAAAGCAGUGACUGUUAUUCAGAAGUUCUGGAGGGGAUAUCAGUGCAAGAAGAAUUAUCAAAUUAUUAAGUCUGGCUUCGUGCGCCUCCAGGCUGUUUACAGGUCCAGGAAGUAUUACAAAAGCUAUCGCAUGACACGCCGUCGUAUUACUCUCAUCCAAGCCCGUUGCCGUGGUUUCCUGAUCCGGCAGACUUUCUGGCGGCGCCUCCGUGCUGUGGUGACCAUCCAGGCCUACACCAGAGGCAUGAUCGCCCGGCGUCUCUGCCAGAGGCUCAGGGCAGAGCUGCAGCGUCGCCUGGAAGCCGAGCGCCAGCGCCUGGCUGAGGAGGAGCAACUGAGGAACCAGAUGACGGCUCGGCGGGCCAAGGCCGAGGCCGAAAGGAAACACCAGGAGCGUCUGGUCCAGCUGGCCCAGCAGCAGGAGGAGAGGGAGCGCGAGGAGAAGGAGGAGGCCAGGAGGAAGAAGGAGCUGCUGGAGCAGAUGGAGAGGGAGAAGGAGCAGCCCGUCGACCACUCGGACAUGGUGGACCGCAUGUUUGGUUUCCUGGGCAACACAGGGCCGUUGACCAAUCAGGAUGGAGAAGCACCGGCUGGAUUUGAAGACUUGGUCAACACUCCUCGUGGUGAGGAAGCAGAAGACGUGCUGAAUGAGGCUCCUCCGUUACCAGAGGAGGAAGAGGAGGAUUUGUCUGAGUAUAAGUUCUCCAAGUUCGCAGCCACGUACUUCCAGGGUGUGUCCACCCACACCUACAUCAGACGACCACUCAAACAACCGCUGCUCUUCCAUGAGGAUGAAGGAGACCAGCUGGCAGCUUUAGCGGUGUGGAUCACAGUCCUGAGGUUUAUGGGAGAUCUCCCUGAGCCCAAGUGUCAGAUGGUCAUUAAUGAUGGCAGUGAAAAGAUCCCUGUGAUGACCAAGAUCUAUGAGACCCUUGGCAAGAGGACAUACAAGAGAGAGCUGCAGGAGCUCCAGGUGGAAGGAGAGAACAGCUCCAUCGACAGCCAGAAGAGGAACAGUGUCAGACAUAAGCUGGUGUCACUCACCCUGAAGAGGAAAUCCAAGAUCACUGAAGAGGUGACCAGGCGGUUGACGGAGGGUGACUACAGCGUACAGGGGAACAGCAUGCUUGAGGAGCGACCCACAUCCAACCUGGAGAAACUUCACUUCAUCAUUGGCAACGGCAUCCUAAGGCCCGCCCUCAGGGAUGAGAUCUACUGUCAGAUCUGCAAACAGCUGACUCAGAAUCCAUCCAAAAGCAGCCACGCCCGAGGGUGGAUCCUGCUGUCACUCUGCGUGGGCUGUUUCGCCCCAUCAGAGAAAUUUGUCAAAUAUUUGCGGACAUUUCUGGUCAACGGUCCUCCUGGUUAUGCUCCAUAUUGUGAGGAAAGAUUAAGGAGGACAUUUGUGAACCGCACACGGACCCAGCCUCCAUCUUGGUUAGAACUGCAGGCCACCAAAUCAAAGAAACCCAUCAUGCUGCCUGUCACAUUUAUGGAUGGAACCACUAAGACUCUGCUGGCCGACUCAGCCACCACCGCCAGUGAGCUGUGCAAUGCUCUGGCUGACAAGAUCGACCUCAGAGAUCGCUUUGGUUUCUCUCUGUACAUCGCCCUGUUUGACAAGGUGUCGUCUCUCGGCAGUGGAAGUGAUCAUGUGAUGGACGCCGUGUCUCAGUGUGAACAGUACGCCAAGGAGCAGGGCGCUCAGGAGAGAAACGCCCCCUGGAGGCUGUUCUUCAGGAAGGAGAUCUUCACCCCCUGGCAUGACCCGGCUGACGACUAUGUCGCCACAAACCUCAUCUACCAGCAGAUCGUUCGAGGGGUGAAGUUUGGAGAGUAUCGAUGUGAGAGGGAGGAGGACCUGGCAGAGCUGGCGUCUCAGCAGUACUAUGUGGACUACGGCGCUGACAUCCUUCAGGAACGCCUGUUGAGCCUCAUCCCCUCCUACAUCCCCGACAGAGAAAUCACAUCGAGUAAGACUGCAGACAAAUGGGCCCAGCUUAUCAUCACAACCCACAAGAAGGGUUUACACACCAAGAGGAGGCUGAACACACAGAGGGUGAAGGAGGACGUGGUGGACUUUGCUCGUUUAAAAUGGCCUUUACUGUUCUCCCGCUUCUAUGAGGCCUUCAAGUUCUCAGGGCCGAGUCUGCCGAAGAACGAUGUGAUCGUGGCGGUGAACUGGACUGGGGUUUACUUUGUGGAUGAACAGGAGCAGGUCCUUCUGGAGCUCUCAUUCCCUGAGAUCACUGCAGUGUCCAGCAGCAGAGGAGGUAAACUGCAGGGUCAGAGUUUCACCCUGGCCACCAUCAAAGGAGACGAGUACACCUUUACGUCCAACAAUGCAGAGGACAUCCGGGACCUGGUGGUCACCUUCCUGGAGGGGCUGAGGAGAAGGUCCAAGUACGUGGUGGGACUGUUGGACUGUCUGAACCCUGCGGGCAUCGACUCCUCCUUCCUGAGUUUCUGUAAAGGGGAUCUCAUCAUCCUGGAUGAACAAGAUGGAGAACAGGUGAUGAACUCAGGCUGGGCUCACGGCAUCAACGACCGGACUAAACACAGAGGAAACUUCCCUUCGGACUGUGUCUAUGUGCUGCCCACCAUCUCCAGACCACCGUAUGACAUAGUGGCCCUGGUCACCAUGACGCCUGACCAGAGGAGAGAAUCUGUCAGUUUGUCUCAGAUGAAUCCUUCAGACGAGGACAGAGCCAAGGCCUACACACUGGAGGAGUUCUCCUACGACUACUUCAGACCUCCUCCUAAGUCCACUCUGAGCAGGGUGAUGAUCACAAAGUCCCGAGGGAAGGAGCGCCUGUGGAGCUGCACCCGGGAGCCUCUCAAACAGCCUCUGCUCAAGAAGGUCCUGGCCCACGAUGAGCUUUCCCAAGAGGCCUGCCUCGUCUUCCUCAAUGUGAUGAAGUAUAUGGGUGACUACCCGUCCAAACGGGUGCGGUCUGUGAAUGAACUCACCGAUCAGAUCUUUGAAGGAGCGCUGAAGGCAGAGCCGCUGAAAGAUGAAAUCUUCUGUCAGAUUCUCAAACAGCUCACCGACAAUCACAUCAAGUACAGUGAGGAGAAAGGCUGGGAGCUUCUGUGGCUCUGUACUGGUCUGUUUCCUCCCAGUAACAUCCUCCUGCCUCAUGUCCAGAAGUUCCUCCAGGCCAAGAAACACUAUCCUCUGGCCCCAGACUGUAUGCAGAGAUUACAGAAAGCCUUACGUAAUGGAUCCAGGAAGUAUCCUCCUCAUCUGGUGGAGGUGGAGGCCAUCCAACAUAAGACCACACAGAUCUUCCACAAAGUUUACUUCCCUGAUGACACGGAUGAGGUUUUUGAAGUGGAGUCGAGCACCAAAGCCAAAGACUUCUGCCACAACAUCUCUGGACGACUGAUGUUUAAAUCCUCUGAGGGCUUCAGUCUGUUUGUGAAGAUCACAGACAAGGUGAUCAGUGUUCCUGAUGGUGACUUCUUCUUCGACUUCGUCAGACACCUGACAGACUGGAUCAAAAAAGCCCGGCAUGUGAAAGACGGUGUUCUGCCUUCACUCACAUACCAGGUGUUCUUCAUGAAGAAGCUGUGGACCAACACGGUGCCUGGAAAAGACAACAUGGCCGACUCCAUCUUCCACUACUACCAGGAGCUGCCAAAGUACCUUCGUGGGUACCACAAAUGUUCCAGGGAGGAGGUGUACCAGCUGGCAGCGCUCAUCUACCGAGUCAAGUAUGAGGAGGACAAGUCCCACUUCCAAAACAUGCCCAAGAUUCUGAAGGACCUCGUCCCUCAGGACCAGAUGAGACACCUGUCCCCUGACGACUGGAAGAGGUCCAUCAUGUCGGUGUUCAACAAACACUCGGGAAAGACCGCAGAAGAAGCCAAGCUGUCCUUCCUCAAAAUCAUCUACAAAUGGCCCACGUUCGGUUCAGCUUUCUUUGAAGUCAAGCAAACAACUGAUCCAAACUACCCAGAAACCCUGUUGAUAGCCAUCAACAAACAUGGAGUCAGUCUGAUUGAUCCUAAGACAAAGGACAUCCUGACCACUCACCCCUUCACUAAGAUCUCCAACUGGAGCAGCGGUAACACCUACUUCCACAUCACCAUCGGGAACCUGGUCCGAGGCAGCAAACUGCUCUGUGAGACCUCACUGGGCUACAAAAUGGACGACCUCCUGACAUCGUACAUCAGCCAGAUGUUGACCACCAUGACCAAACAGAGAGGUUCCCGCGGCAACAGCAAAUGAAGCUGACCACGGCUUGGACCUGAAUCCACUCAUCUGGGUUUGGGCAAGAGGUUGUUGGUGACCUGUGACCCCCCCCACCCCGUUUGUGUUUAACAAAAAAAUCUGUCCUGUCUUAAAACACCUAUUGCCUUUAAUUGACCUUUGUGUAACCAUGGCAACCAGACAUUUUGUAGGCACUGUACUAGAGACCGCCUGCUCCUCGACCCGUACCCACUGACGACCACAAACAAGUGUUUUCAACGUCUGCGAGUUUCCUCUACGAUCAUCUAAGCUGUAAAUAUGUCAGCAAUGUCUAGUUCAGAAAGUCCGAUUCUAGUCAGAUACUAGUUUCCUUUUCUUUUCAGUGAGAAUCAUUAGAUUGGAAUUAAAAUAUCGUCAUCCUCAUGGCAUGAUUACCUAACUCAUACGCAAAUGGACAAAAGUAUGUGGACACGUUGAAUUCAGGUGUUUCUGUUCUAACAGGGGUCUGGGAUACGAAACAAUAACG